AUGAGUUUUGGCCCAUUAAAAGCGUUUAAUUUGGUUAAAGACACAGCAACAGGACUUUCCAAAGGUUACGCUUUUUGUGAAUAUAGUGAUUCUAGCGUUACAGAUGCAGCUAUCCAAGGCUUACAUGGUAUGCAGUUAGGUGACAAGAAAUUAAUCGUUCAGUUAGCCAGUGUUGGUGCCAAGAACAUGCCUGGAAUGCCUGGCGUACAGAUACCAGGUAUACAUAUACAACAACCAAGUGUAAGUACCGAAGUUUUGUGCUUAUUGAAUAUGGUUACUGAAGAUGAAUUACGUGAUGAUGACGAAUACGAAGACAUUAUGGAAGAUGUUCGCGAAGAAUGUAGUAAAUACGGUUUCGUUAAAAGCUUGGAAAUUCCACGUCCGAUAGCAGGCGUGGAUGUACCUGGCGUCGGAAAGAUUUUUGUUGAAUUCACUUCAAUAAGUGAAUGUCAAAAGGCGCAACAAGCUUUGUCAGGACGAAAAUUUUCGGAUCGUGUUGUUGUGACAUCGUAUUACGAUCCUGAUCGUUAUCACCGACGUGAAUUCUAA